UUUAACAAUACUUUACUGAUACAUGGCGCCGAAUUAAAAUGCCAUUUCUGCUGACACACCCGCGAUGACUCAUACUGCUGCCGGUCCAUCAGCCUCAACUAUGAUGCGGUUUGUUUGUUGUUAGUUUCUCAUCAUCUAUGUUUCUUGAUCAGGAUCCAUUCAGGCAGCUGAAAGACCUGUCUCUGCUUAAAGACCAGCUCGAUAACAUUCAGCGUCGGGUGGAGGAUGAAGUCGGAGUUGGGAUUCCACAGGGUGGAAAUGUGCUCAGUUCUCCCUUCCUCAAAGGCUUUUUGGCUGGGUAUGUGGUGGCAAAGCUCCGCUCCUCUGCAGUCCUGGGAGUUCUUGUAGGAACCUGCACUGGCAUCUUUGCUGCUCAGAGCUAUCAAGUGCCUAACGUUGAGCAGACCAUAAAAAACUACUUCAGCUCAUUUAAGAAGAGAUAGAGGGAGCCAAUAUAACAAUCUCAGAAAUGGUGCCUCAUCCAGAAACUUCAACAUGUACCUCAACUGAGGUGCCACUCAUCAGACCACAUAGAAUAAAUGGAUGUAUUUAGAUGAUACUUUGGUGUCCAAAAUAAUUAAGCUUCUCAGGUUAGCAGUUUUAGGUUAUUUUUCUAUUUAAAAUGGGUUAGGUCUGUGCUGUUACAACAGCUUUUUUUGAAAGACUAUAUACACCUAAAUUCCUUAAGAUGGUAUAAAUGGCCAAAGCUUUGUUAUCAGUUCUUAAUAUGCUCAAAAUGUUAAUGAUCUGUCUGUUACAUAUUUUUUCCAAUGCCUUUUUUUAAAUAGAGGUUUGCACUAAACAGGUGAACAAUCAGGCACAACACACUCUGUAAAUAAUGUCUGGCAUCGAACAAUUCCUGUACUUGCCAAAUGUCAGAGAUUGCUGGACUAUAGCUGAAGCCUUUUAUGUAGUUGUUGGAUAAAUAAAUGUUGCACUUUACAACACUCAA